AUGUCGCCCGGCCGUGCCGCGGCACAAGAGAAGCGCCCCGGCUACCAUGCCGCCAGUCUGUCCCGUAUUUCGUCUCUCGCCCGUGACAGCGAUGCCUCCAGGCCGCCCUUGCGGCAACGCGCCAGGGAUGCCGUCAGGGUCCUCUAUCAAGCUACCGUCGUCGAGCUGAUCUUGCGGAGAAGGCACAUUGGAGCCUCAAAGGACGGGAGGCACAUUCCGCUUGCCAUUGAGCACGAGAAGCCGCUUGUCGACACUCGCCGCGGCCACGCCUACGUCUCCAAUAAUGUGCGCACCUCUCGCUACACCAUCUGGGACUUCAUCCCGAAGCAGCUCCUCUUCCAGUUCUCCCGCAUCGGCAACUUUUACUUUCUCUGCGUCGGCAUCCCGCAAACUAUUCCCGGCUUGUCAACAACCGGUUCCUUCACGACAAUCCUGCCUUUGCUCUUCUUCGUUCUGCUUACCGUCGCCAAGGAGGGCUUCGAUGACUACAGGCGACACCGCUUGGACAAGGUGGAGAAUGCCACUUUGGCGACCCUGCUUGGCCGCGAGGACAAGUACAUGGCCACGUCCAAGCCGACGCAUUCGCUGCACCGCUGGAACCCCCUCCGCACCAAGGCCGCCACUCAGUCAAUAGUCGCUUCCGACGACGAGUUUCAAGGCAUCCGGUGGUUUGCCGCCAGAUGGAGCCAUGUAAAGGUUGGCGACAUUGUCCGCCUGUCCCGCGAUGAACCUGUCCCCGCCGACCUAGUUCUGCUGCAUAGUGACGGCAACAACGGCAUUGCAUACGUCGACACAAUGGCUCUCGACGGCGAAACCAAUCUCAAGACGAAGCAAGUGUGCCACGCCCUGGACGGAUGUGACUCCAUCGAGAGCAUCGCAAAAUGCCGAGCCGAGUUUGUGGUGGAGGAUCCGAAUCCGGAUCUGUUCAACUUCAACGGCCGUGUCACCGUCGAUGGCAAGGUCGUGCCACUGACCCUCAACGAUGUUGUCUACCGCGGUAGCGUCUUGCGUAACACUACCUGCGCAAUCGGCCUGGUUAUCAACACGGGCGAGGAGUGCAAGCUGCGGAUGAACUCGAACCAGCACCCGCGUGCCAAGCGGCCCGCUCUCGAAAAGGUCGUCAACAAGGUCGUCGUCACUCUUGCAAUCUACGUCAUUGUACUUUCGGUUGGCGUCUCGAUGGGCUACCUCAGCUGGCAAAAACAUUACGAGCGCCAGGCGUGGUAUUUGGAUCGCGCGGCCGUCCCCUUUCACCAAAUCAUCAUCGCCUUCAUCAUCAUGUUCAACAACAUAGUACCGUUAUCCUUGUACAUUAGCCUGGAGAUUGUCAAGCUUGGACAGCUUCUCCUGCUCAACUCGGACCUGGAGAUGUACCACGAGGAGACGGAUACGCCUGCGCGGUGCAACACCAACACCAUCCUCGAGAACCUGGGACAGGUCGGCUACGUCUUUUCCGACAAGACUGGGACUCUGACGGACAACGUCAUGAAUUUUCGCAAGCUGAGCGUGGCGGGUACAGUUUGGCUUCACGAGAUGGACCUUGAGCAAGCAGACCUCGAACGCCCACCCGCCUUUGAUCCCAACGAUGGGCACUCGACUUGGAGGUCGCCCCCGAACAAGCCUGAGCCGACCGCGACAGUCAUCCCCGAGGAUGGUGGUGAAUCGGCCCAAGCCAGAGAGUACUUGCUGGCCGUUGCCAUCUGUCACACCUGCCUGCCUGAAACAAAGGACGGGAAGGUUGAGUUCCAGGCAUCGUCGCCAGACGAGCUGGCUUUGGUGAGGGCCGCCCAGGAACUUGGUUAUCUGGUGACCCAGCGCACGCCGCAAAGCAUAACCCUGCAGGUUCCGCGCCCGAACGGCCCGAACGAAAGGAUGGUUUUCCAGGUCUUGGAUGUGGUCGAAUUCAGCAGCGCGCGCAAGAGGAUGUCCAUCAUUGUUCGCUAUCCGGAUGGACGCAUCUCCAUCAUCUGCAAGGGUGCCGACUCCGCUAUUCUGCCGCGGCUGAGGCUAUCCUCAUUGGCGAUGCAAAAGGCAAACGAAGUCCGGAAGAGCGCCGACCUUGAACGCGAGCUGUAUCGACGCAGUGAGCAGCAGGAACCGCGUAACAGCUUUGGUGGGAGACCAAGCCUGACCGUGCGGCGGAAUGCUGGAGUGCCGAGGGACUUGAGCGUGGGCCGGCGUCCGUCGGCCAGAAGCAAGUCGUUUGAGAUUAACAAGCUGACGCGCUCAUCUGUCGACCGCGCACGAGCAUCGGCUGCGUCCCCGCGGGGCGUCUCGCUCGACGUAUCCAGAAGUCAGUUUGCAAGCCCGCCGACGACUCACACCCGACCCGUGCCUGAUCGCUUGGACUUUCUCGAUGAUCCUGCCAUCUACGAUGAGUCGGAAGUCUUCACGAAAUGCUUCAAGCAUCUGGAUGACUUCGCGACAGAGGGUCUUCGAACGCUGCUUUAUGCUCAGAAGUUCGUGUCGGAGCAGGACUACCGAGCGUGGAAAACGCUAUAUGACGACGCAACGACGAGCCUCACCAAUCGUCAGGAAAAGAUCGAGGCCGCGGGCGAUAUGAUGGAACAAUCGUUUGACCUGGUGGGCGCCACUGCCAUCGAGGACAAGCUUCAGAAGGGCGUCCCGGAAACCAUUGACAGACUGCGGCGAGCCAACAUCAAGAUAUGGAUGCUCACCGGCGAUAAACGUGAAACGGCCAUCAACAUUGCCCAUUCAGCGCGCAUUUGCCGCCCGGGGUCGGAUUUGUAUGUCCUGGACGUGGCGAAGAGCACCGUCGAGUCGCAGCUGGCAGCUUUGGCCGAAGAUCUGCAGGCCGGUUCCGUCCACAGCGUCGUUGUUGUCGACGGACAGACCCUAAGCGUCGUGGAGAAGUCAGUCGAGCUAUCCAAGCAGUUUUUCGCCAUUGCGAUUCUCGUCGACUCGGUCAUAUGCUGUCGGGCCUCGCCCGCACAAAAGGCGCUACUGGUCCAUGCCGUGCGAUCGCGGCUGGGCGCGUCCAAGGGCAAAGACCGACGCGGUUUGACCUUGGCCAUCGGCGACGGCGCAAACGACCUCGCCAUGAUCCAGGCAAGCCACGUUGGCAUAGGCAUUUCGGGUAACGAGGGCCUGCAGGCUGCUCGAGUCGCCGACUACGCCAUUGCGCAGUUUCGUUUUCUGCAGAGGCUGCUCCUCGUCCACGGACGCUGGAACUACGUGCGCACGGCAAAGUUCAUUCUCUGCACCUUCUGGAAGGAAAUGUUCUUUUACCUGCCAACGGCGCAGUAUCAAAGGUACAAUGGCUACAGCGGCACCUCGCUGUAUCAAGAGGUUAGCUUGACCGUGUUCAACACGCUGUUCACGAGCCUCUGCACCAUCUGCAUGGGCAUCUGGGAGCAGGACCUGAGCGCCGACACGCUGCUGGCCGUCCCGGAGCUCUAUAUCUACGGGCAGCGCAACUUGGGGCUGAACAUGUGGAAGUACCUGCGCUGGAUGUUUCUGGCCGCCGUGGAAGGCAUCAUUGUCUGGCACGGCGUCUCGGCGGGCUACGGAUGGAUCUCGCCGGGCGCCCGCGAUGAGGGCCUCUACGCGCUGGGAACCCUGGCCUUUACCGUCGGGGUCUUGUGGAUCAACUGGAAGUUGUUCAUUUUGGAGACGCAUUACAAGCCAGCCGUGGUGAUAGCCUCAUUCCUCGUGACAACUUGGGGCUGGUUCGCAUGGAUCGCGUUCCUCGACGGGAUAUAUCCGGCGGGGACUCUCGGGCCCUACGCCAUCCGGCACACGUUCCGUAACGCGUGGGGCAAAGACGCGGCUUGGUGGGCGACCCUCUUCGCCGUCCUGGCGUUCCUGGGCCUGCUGGAGCUCUGCGGCAAAGCGGUCCGGCGGCGGAUGCUCGUGGCGGGCCUGUGGCAGUGGCCGCCGUGGAGGAGACAGCCGCUGGGCGACAACGUGGAAGAAUGGGACGUGGAGCUGUGGCAGGAGAUGGAGCGGGACCCGGCGGUGCGCGAGCGGCUCAGGGCCCUGGCGCGCAACGAAGAGUGCGUGGUUGAUGAGGCACGUGCGGAUGAGGACGCAAACGAUGAUGAUGACGAGAACGACGUGACGAGGACGAGGACGUAA